AUGCAGCAGCAUCAAUCUCCACACCUUCAGGUACAGCAGCAACAUCAAUCCCCACGCUCCCAAGUACAGCAAUCUCCGCGCGCCCAAAUCCAACAAAUCCAACCACAACCCCAGCUUUCUCAGAUCCAACAACCAUCACCACGCCUUCAGGUGCAGCAACAUCAAUCCCCACGCCCUCAGGUGCAGCAAUCUCCGCGUGCUCAAAUCCAACAAAUUCAACCGCAACCCCAGCUUUCUCAGAUCCAACAACAAUCCCCACACCUUCGGGUGCAGCAACAGCAAUCGCCACUUCCUCAGGUACAGCAAUCCCCGCGUGCCCAAGCUCAACAGCAAUCACCACGGCCCAAAGUCCAACAAUCGCCGCACCCUCAGGCCCAGCAGCAAUCGCCGCGCCCUCAGUUGCAACCAUCUCCGCGUUCCCAAAUUCAACAGCAACCCCAACUUCCUCCAAUACGCCAACAAUCUCCGCGCCCUCAACCAGAGCAGUAUUCUGCCGGCCCAACCUCCCAAGGCCAGGUUCCUAUGGUGCAAGACCCACCUAUCCUUGCUCCGCAACCUGUGAAGCCAGUGCCUCGAGCACCUUCAUCUCUUCCGCAGGAGAUGCCACAGCAACAUCAGUUCAUCAACCCAGCUGAACUCUUCGUCCAGACCCCGCUGCCAACUGCGCCACGGUCGCGAUACACCUCCCUGCCACAGUUUGACGAGAUAAGUAGCGCUUCGCUGGCUGUUGACGAAGAACCUCCACUUCCACCGAAAGUGACUUCAAUGCCAGCGCCGGCAACAGUCUCGGCGCCAAGUCCAGCCAGAAAUCUAUCAGUCCCAAUUAUUACACCCCAACAAAACAUCCCAAAUAUCCAACCGCAACAGACUUCCCAGGCCCAGAAACCGCAGAAAUCGCAGAAAUUGCAGCAGCCUCAACAACCGCAACAGUUUAUCAAGCCUGAAAAUCUCACGGCCCUGGAUCAGCCACCUGCUACGGUCGAGGUUAAACUUCCGCCCUCUGCUACGCCGACGCCAAAGUCAAAUAUAGUACGACCUCAACCAACACCUUCACCCGCAAACAACACCGUUCCACAAGUGGUGGUUCCGGCACCAUCGCCGGACAUUCAAGCAAACCUGCAAAAGCAAUCCCCCAAGAAACCACAAUUGAAGAAACAACCCAGCCAACAGUCCAUCGAGAAGCCAGCAAAACCCUCCAAGCCGCCUGUGGAUUAUCAAGUCUUGCUUCUAUCACUGGCAGACGAAUAUUUGAAUGCCGCACAUAGCCAUGGAACCACCAUGGCACUGUCUACUAGAAGGGAUGAGGUUGAAGAGUACUAUAAGCUAAUCUCCACCGGGUUAGGAUGCCUAGAGGCUGUUCUCAAGAACUGGAGACUGCAACCUCGCAAGGAAGCCUUGGUGAGACUUCGAUAUGCGCGGACAUUAUUUGAGGAAACGGAGAAUGAUCUUGAGGCAGAGACUGCUUUGAGCAAAGGCAUUGAUCUUUGCGAACGAAAUCGCAUGUUAGAUUUGAAGUACAGCAUGCAACAUCUUUUGGCGCGAAUGCUUUACAGGUCCAAUCCAAAAGCUUCUUUGAAAGCAGUUGAUGGAAUGAUCCAAGACGUCGAAACAUAUCGACAUGCGGCCUGGGAGUAUGCAUUUCGCUUUCUCCGUGUCUCGCUGUCAUUGUCAGCGCCUACGCAUCAGGAUUUUGUUCAAGCCCUCCAGCACCUCCACAAGAUUGCAGCGAUGGCCAAUCGAAAUGGCGAUAGAGCAGUCGCGGCAAUGGCAGCAGUCACCGAAGCGUUGGCACAUCUCCAGCAAGGCGCCGGCUCUGAUGCAAUCGAACAAGCACAGCGUGCUGUAGCGACCGCCCGGAGCCAUCAGCUAAAUGACGAACUCCGCCACAUCCCUCAGCUUUCUACUUUGAUCCAGAUCGUCGAUAUUUGCUGCAGUUUACUUGAGUGUGAUGUGAAUCAAUCGGCUGAAAAACUCAAGGUUAUGCAAGCCCUGGUGGACGAAACGCUGAAUGACGCUAAUUGGCGCCCCGAUGGCUCCUUUUCCGUUCCGCUUAAUGGAAAAUCUGCCGGUCCAUCGUCAAUCGACACUGGGGACAUUCUACAGGUUCAAAGUGGGACUUUACUGUUGAGCUUUAGUUGGCUUCCUCAGCAUGAUCUCUAUGCGCUUUCAUAUUUCUUGAGCUCCAUUACGCUGAGUGCCAAGAAUUCUUAUGAUGGCCGGAAGGCGGAAAAGUUCCUCGACGAAGGGAUUCGCAUGAUCCAAGGGGACUUUACGACGCCACAGGAGAUCCCGGAAGCCAUGGUCAAUGCGGCCAGACGCGUUGAAUGGCGCCGAACCCUCUAUUGUAAUUUCCUUCUGCAACGGGUCUUUCUGUCUUGCUCUAGAACCGACUGGGAUUACGCCAGUCAAACCCUCAAGACCCUCCGGCAGGUGACGCAAGAACUUGGGCCCAACCUCCCCAAAUCCAUCGAAUGUCUCAUGGAAUACGCCGCCGGCGCCAUCUUCCAAGCGACGGGAGAUCUAGCAUCCGCCUUAACGAUCUUCCAAUCUCCCUUGUUAACAUUAUCUCCAUCAGCGAGCAAGGUCUCUCGCAACGACCCCUACCGCGACAUCUGUAUUCUUUCAUCGCUGAACACAGUCCUCAUUAUUCGGGACCCGGCCCAUCCAGCCCAUCCCCACCUCCCCGCAAUCCUGACAACCCUCGAAUCCUUCUGCCAACACAGCCCAAACAAGUACAUUCAAGCGGCUUAUUUCUUAGUAUGCUCUACCGUGCACACGGACUCGACCAUCCAAACAAAACAAUUUCUCCAACAGGCUCUCCAGUCCGCGACGGCUAUCAGCAAUAGCCAGAUCACAUGCAUGACUCUCACAUUCAUGAGCUGGAAAUAUUUCCGCGGCGUCGUGGGCGAACAGGCUGAAAAGAGCGCAAGGGCCGGUCGGGCCAUGGCGAAACGAGCAAACCACCGACUAUGGGCCAGUGUCACGGACGAAAUGCUCGCCGAUACCCUCGAACGGCAAGGCAAGGGCGAAGAAGCUAGCAGUGUGCGUGAGGAAGGUCAGCGACUUGUAAUGGGUCUUCCGCCUGGCUUGAAACGUUCGUGA